ACUAAUUUCUUUUGUACUUUUAGAUGAUUGGUGCAUCUAUUUUUGCCCUCUGCUGUUGGUUACGUUUUGAACCAGGAAUAGGAGAAUGGGUAACAGAAUUGGAUUUACAAGUCUUUUACAUCGGCCUCUAUAUAUUGAUCCUUGGAGCUAUUAUCAUGAUGGUCGUUGCUUUCAUCGGAUGCCUAAGUGCACUUCAAGAAAACUCUUUGACACUUUUUGUGUAUAUUGUGACCCAGGCACUGGGAUUUGUUGUGGCUAUAGUGGGAUCAGCCGUACUGUUAGAAUACAGUACCCGGAAUUCAGCCAUGCAGCCACUUAUUAGGGAAAGCAUGAGGAGACUUAUAAUUAAUUCUCAUUACGAUAAGGCUCAAUAUACCCUUGCCAUGAUUCAGGAAAACGUUGGCUGUUGCGGAGCAGACGGUCCUCAUGACUACAUCAGUCUGCAGCACCCUCUCCCAACAACAUGCAGGGACACAGUAACCGGUAAUCCCUUUUUCCAUGGAUGUGUUGAUGAACUAACGUGGUUCUUUGAAGAGAAGACAGCCUGGGUUACAGGAUUAGCUAUGAUUGUCGCACUCAUACACGUAAUCAAUGCCGUCCUAGGUUUGGUCCUUAUCCAGGCGCUAAAGAAGGAAGAGGAUGAAGCAGAGGCAUAUAGACGUUAAGGAAUAUAAGAUGUUUCAUUGUCAAAGGCGUACAUCAAAAUUUUCUCAUUAAAAGAAUGUAUUUUUUUUCAUCUAAUCAUAUAAAUGUAUACUGACAAAUAAAUCAUAAUCAUUCCUUUUUUAA